AUGCCAAAGCCCCAGCUGCCACUGACGCCGGCUGCAUCCACGGAGAUUGCAGCGCUGGAUAAAUGUAUCAAUUCUCCUGGUGAGAUGUACUUCACCCUCCCGCCAUCCGCCAUGUCCAACAGCGCAGGCACACACCCCACACCCUUCCCUCCGCUUUCUCCCACAUCUCCCGAGGCCACGCAGUCGUCUUCUCGGACCUUGCGGCAGAGAUCGUCAACAAAGAGGCCUGCUGCGGAUUUCACGCUUCCUCCGCCACCCACGCGGACCAGGAAAAUCAUUCAGGUUAAGCCGAAGGGGCAGGAACAGCCGCGCACUGCGGGAACCCAGGCAAAGGGGAAGGAUGGGCAGAAUGCAUCUACAGACGGACCCGGUUCGAAGAAGAAGCAGUCGAAUGCGACGACGGCAGCGGGCCGCAAGAUCGCACGCAGAACGGCACAUAGCCUGAUUGAAAGGCGGAGAAGAUCGAAGAUGAAUGAGGAGUUUGCAACCCUGAAGAAUAUGAUUCCCGCUUGCCAGGGGCAGGAGAUGCAUAAACUGGCUAUCUUGCAGGCUAGCAUUGAAUACGUAAAUUAUCUCGAGCAGUGCAUUGUCGACCUCAAAGCGGCAAAUAACCGUCGAGACUCGACGCCCACAUCGCCCACGUGGAAUGAAUCAAAAGAGCAAGGAACGGCUCUAUCGUCCUACACUCCGUCCCCAGAGUUCAACCCGCAGUUCGAACCCCCCGUAUCUCUGUCUCAGACGGCUUCUCCUCGCCCAAGUGGAGACGUCCAUCCCCGUUCUUCGCACGCUUCUUCCUUUGAAAUCAUCCCCAUGAUCCUUCCCAGCCCAGCACUCCCACCCUCAAAGACACCGCAUUUCCCCCCGCGUGUUCAUCGCGAUACACUCUCUUCCAAUACGUCGACCAUCUCGUCCAUUUCAAACACCUCCGCGGCCUCAAGCACCACGUCCCCAAUCAUCCCGCAGCAGACCCAUGAUAGCCAGGCGGGCAAGCGUACGCCGUCGCUCUUGGGUAAUUCUAGCCAAGGCACAAGGAUGGACGUCGACAUGGAUCGAGAGGCCACGACGGCACUGUUGAUGUUGAAUAUUGACCGGAGAACAUCAUCCGGCGGAGCUGAUAUGUUGAGGCCGGCGUUUCUAUCAGGGAACUCGGACGACGGUGGCAAGAAGGGAAUUAGCGUGCAGGAUUUGUUGAGCCAUUGA